AUCGACAACAACACCGCAUGCCUAUUGAGAGCUAGUUAGCACCGUGAUCGUUGCGUAACGCGGUCGGAGGAAGAGCAUCGCGCACCUCACGGGCGGUCGUUUGGCCAACGAAUCCAUCACUGGAAGCCUCUGCAGUGCCAUCAGGACGUAAUCCAAGACCCUUGAUAUGCGUGUGCGCGGCGGUCCUGUUUUCGCGCGAAUUGCCCUUCACUUCGCUAAUCUGGACCAUGGUGAAAGGGUUGCGACCUCACUCAGAAGUCACGAUAGGUUAAUUAAAUUAUAGUCGGAACGGUCAGGGAUUAGAGCAACAAGAAAUAUUAUCGGGAAGAAACGUAAUUGAUGGGCCAGCAGGGAAAACUGGAGACAAGGACGAUAGCGAUGGAUGCUUCUGGCCGAAAUUCAAGCACAGCUUAAGGGACCGCUCAAUGAUAGCCGUCCGUUGCUAAGGCGGUGAGGCCAACUCCCAAAUUCUUUCACCUCACUAAGGUAGUCAACGAACUACUCCGGCCCUCAAUAUCGCAUUACCCGUCGUGCCCGUCGACGCCGUUUACUUCCUCUCGACUGUCUUUCCCUGUCAUGGUCGAUACCAUAUCGACCUUUUGAUCAAGACAAUGGCGGGUUUACAACCUCGUUCGGCUUUGUCCGUCCCGUUCUCCCUCUCUUCGGCUUUUCGCAACCUCUCGUUAACCGCCUCCAAACGGUCCUUUUCCACGACACUGGCCACGCAGAAGACGAAACAGCUGCCUGAUUACAUUCCUCCUUACCCUUACGGUCCAAACUAUGUCUACAAACAGUCGAACAGCGGUCUCUAUGGAGGCGCUAUGAUCCAAUUCGGAAACAAGAUCUCCAAAGGUCGUAAUGAGGGGAAAACCCGACGCUUCUGGAAGCCAAAUGUCCGUCGAAAGAAGAUCUACAGCGAAGCACUUGAGGAGUGGCUGUUUAUCAAGGUUACACGUAAGGCUUUGAGGACAAUCCGGAAGUCUGGUGGACUCGAUAACUACCUUCUUGACGACCGGCCGGGGCGGGUCAAGGAACUUGGAGUGUUCGGAUGGCAGUUGAGAUGGAAGGUUAUGCAGACCGAGAAGAUUCAAGAGCAAUUCCGACAAGAGCGGAAGCGCUUAGGACUCCCCGAACCGCCAUCAUUCGAGGAGUGGGUGGCACAAAAGGAAGCCGAAAUCAAGGCGCAGGCGGAGGAUCUGACCAACAUCACGGAAAUCACGAAGCCAACUUACAACGAGAAGCAGUAUUAAGGAGGGAGGAAUAAAAGCUUCUGGAGAAGGACUUUGGACAGUUGAUUUUGUUCCAGUUUGCGGUGAUCAAUGGAUGGGCGUCUGUAUUAUUAUUUUGGUCAUGGUCGGCAAUGCCUCAUAUACCACUUCCCGGUAUUGAUAGAUGGGAGGGACAGCGGAGGCCAGCAUACAACUACCACUCAGUUGUUGCAUUUAUUUCCUUAAAUUUGCAUGAUUAGCUCUUCAGUGUACUUAUACGUUGUCAAUGCUACUUUGGGUUAAAUAUAAAUAGUUCGUUAUUGAAAUAUCAUGGAUGGGGCGAGUACCACUGCUA